GAUCGACCUGAACACGGCAGAAGCCUCCCCGGGCGACGAUGGGGGCCGCUGACCGGGCUCCUCUCCCUGCCUGGCCGUUCGAUAGGAGAUGCGUCCCCAAUCCCGCUCGGGGCUCGCCUUCGCCUCUGCUCUGCUCUCCUCCCGAUUGAACUCACAAUUGACUCAAGAGAACUCAGGAUGAGUCCCCCCAAAAACAAACAAAGAGCGAUAGAGUGCGUGUAAAAUGAGCGAAUUGACGAAAAUCGUCAAACUGGUGGUGUGCCGGAAUAACGAUGCUUCACCUUCGUGGCGUCGGGAGCUCGCGAUAACGGGUCAUGACAGGGCGACGGGCAUCGGGAGGGCUUGUUCUUCCGGGUCGCAACAGCGGUGGGACGACGGCGAUGACGGCGACGACGGGGAAAUGUGCUGGACGGGCGAUCGUUCGGCGAGUCGCGAGGAGGUCCAGAAUGAGACAACGUCGUCGUCGUCGAGGGGAAGCAAGAUCGCCGGCGUGGGAUGUGAACGGAGUAAAGCGAAAGGGAAAGGAACGGAACGGAACGAACGAAGCCGCAGAAAACCACGCGCCAGAGCGAAGCGGAAGAAAGAGCAAGGGCUGGAAGAAGGGGGGGAACGGACAGGAUGGAAGGACCUUCGGGGCGGAGCGCUGCAAGGGUGCGAGACUACCACAGUACGAUGCAAAGUGAGCAAUGGAGGGUAGCAAUGGG